AUGGGGCGUCUCAACGAAUACCAGGUGAUCGGGCGCCAUUUGCCCACCGAAACCCAGCCCACCCCAAAGCUGUACCGCAUGAGGAUUUUCGCACCCAACACUGUCGUGGCCAAGUCAAGAUUCUGGUACUUCCUCAUGAAGAUGCGCAAGGUCAAGAAGGCCAGCGGUGAGAUCGUUGCUGUCAACAUGAUCCACGAGAAGAGACCCCUCAAGGUCAAGAACUUCGGUAUCUGGAUCGUCUACGACUCUCGCUCCGGCACCCACAACAUGUACAAGGAGUACCGAGAGAUGUCCAGAACCGAUGCCGUCGAGUCCAUGUACCAGGACAUGGCCGCCCGUCACCGUGCCCGAUUCAGAUCCAUCCACAUCCUCAAGGUCGUCGAGGUCGAGAAGACCGAGAGCAUCCGCCGCCCAUACAUCAAACAACUCCUCAGCAAGGGCCUCAAGUUCCCUCUCCCUCACCGUGUCGCCAAGCCCACCAACAAGAAGAUCUUCGCCUCCUCGAGACCAUCUACUUUUGCUUAA